GUGGUCGCGAAGUGACGUUUAUUUUCCGUCUUUCCCGGAAGUGAAGCGGCUUCCCUCUUCAUACCUGGAAACGUUGGAGGUUCGCGCAGCACAUUUUUUAAAGCACACUACAAAGAACCAUGGUGUGCAUUCCUUGCAUCGUCAUUCCAGUUCUGCUGUGGGUCUACAAAAGGUUCCUUGAGCCGUAUCUCUAUCCCUUCAUCUCUCCUUUUGUUAAGCGCAUUUGGCCCAAGAAAGCAGUGCAGGAAACGGCAAAGCACGACCAAAAGAACAGCUCUGAAAAUGGAGGCGAUUUCGUGAAACAGGAUUCUUUCAACGAUCAGCCAGAACUUUAUAAAACCAAAAGCAAUGGCAUUGCAAAUGGAUUUUCUGAAAUUGGACCCAAAGAAGACUCCGACAAAAAGACAGAUUAGUUAUGCUUCUGCUGCGGGGUCAAGGCUGUUAUAGGAAAUGAACUCACAGUUUUCCCCACAUGGAUAUUUUACUGAUUGCACAUUUAUCCGAAUGGAAAUUUGGAAUAUGUAUAGACACCCAUCACCCCAGGGAGACUUGGAAUAAUUCUAGCUGUGUCCUUGAAAAUAGUUUUAAUAUAUUGUCUUGCUAUUGUUGAAAUUUGGGUGGCUGGAACCCUAAUGUGCGGUGCAAUUGAAGAGUGUUAACAGUUUUAGUGUCCAUAUUUUAUUAAAACCGUAACUCUCAAUUUUGCUACUUGUUUAAAAAAAAACAACCUAAAACGCUUCAUUGAUAAUGACUCAUACGUUUGUUUGUUUUUUUAAGCAAAAGAUCAUACAGUAGCUAAAAAGAAAGCAGCAUUGUAAAUAUUUGAACACUAAUGGUGAUCUAAUUUGUUGUUUCUAAAUUAGCAUCUGCAGAGCUGCCCCUUUGCUGAUUCCUCACAAUGGUAUAGAAAACUUUUUAAAAGCAGAUAUUACACAUGGAGGGGACAAUACCAAUACAAUGCCACAAAGGUGAAAACGUCCUUUUUGAAGCUUUUGAGCUUCUAAAGGUGAAAAAAAAGCUAAAGCUGAUAAACAAACAUAAUUCUUUAUGCAAAUUCCUGUAUUUUGGUUGAUAAUGUCUACCUCUAAUUCGAAUAACUCCCAAGACUGCCAUAGCAAAUAAACCUUAUUGUUUAUUGUUGUACCUGUAUUAUUUUGUCUGCAAUGUAGAUUUUCAGUUGGUGCAUUCUAAGAUCCAUGUAUAUUUUUCAUAAAGUAAUAGAGAAGUACAGUACUGUCUCCCAUAUGAAGUAAAGAUUACACCUUAGGAUAUGCCCAUAUAUUCCUUUUCAAUUCAAAGCAUUUUUACAGAGAACAGAUAGGUGAAUGGGAAAUGUUCUCUGGGGAUGGAGAGGUUAUUAUUUAUCUGAGAUCUGUUUUAGUGAAUAAGGAGACUACAACCUUUUGCCUAGGAAAAAUGCAAAUUUAACUGAUUUAGAAUUUGAAUAAAGCGUGAAAGCAAUAUA